UCAAAUAAGAAGUUUGUUUAAAGUGCAAUGUACCAAAGUGUUGUUAAUAAAAUAUAAAUGUGAUAUGUUUCAUUAAUAACUUGGUUAAUUAUUGCAUAAAGUUAAAAAGAUCAUUUAAGAUAGAAUUUUACGUCAUUGAGUGUAAAUAUCGCCGAUUUUUGUGGUUUGUCCCGCUAUUUUUGAAGUUUUCGUCAAAGUUAGUUGAACUUAAAAUUGAAUUAAUCAAUUUUAAGCUUAAAGUUAUAAAAAUGAAGUUAAACGGUGCAAAUAUAUCAAAGUACAAGGAUGGCAUAUUGGAAAAAUGUUGGAUAAUAAGUGUAUAUAGCAAAAAUUGGCACUCAGUUUAUGCGAAAGCGGAAAUUGAUAUAAUAAAUGUGCCAAAAAUAUGUGCUUACAUAAAUGAGUUAAUAAUUCAAAGUUCUGAACAAAACCAGCUCGCUUACAGUGAAGAAGGAUUCGCUCCGUCUAAACGCAAUAUUGAAGAAUUUUCAAAGGUCGCUAAAGUCGCAAAGCCGCAGUUGCCAUUUUGUAUGGCCUACAAAUUAUAUUGGGGAACUUUGCGUAUUUACCGCGUGCAGGUUAAGAAUUUGCUUAAAUCGACUAAUGAUUUGUUAACUGAAACUGGUUUAAUAAUUAAUAUUGGUAAAAAACAAGCGUCAAAGAGGUCCAAAAAGAAAACGAUUAAAAAAGCUAAAAAGGUUCUUAUGGAGAAGAAAACUGAAACAGAUAGUUCUUUAAACAGUUCUACUUAUGUAGACCUACUUGAAGAAGCUGAAAAAUUAGCUCAUUUAGGUGACGAAGCAAUGGACUAUCUAAUCAAAACACAUAAUAAGCACACAGUUAAGCAUAUUAACAAAAUACAAUUACGCGAAGAGCCCCUAAAAGAUGCUUUAAGCCUUGUUGAAGCUGAGUUAGAUGAUGAUGGAUUUGGAGAUAUGACAUUAGAAGAUAUGAAAGAAUUCGAAGAAAUCAUUAUGGUUAACACUCGCAAACGAAAGGUAUUUUCAUAAAAUACGAGUACGAAUAAAUAUUCGUAUAUGUCAUAAUACUCAAAGCAUGUUUCAGAAGUGGAGAUGGGGAGCUUUUAGUGGCUUAUUUACAAUAU